UGGUCGCUGUCCACAUGCUUAGGCUUUAUGAGAAGUACAGCCGCAGGGGCGGGAGGCCUGGAGGAGGCAACACGGUCCGCAGCUUCAGGCCCCGGCUGGCACCACCAGCUGGCCCACUGCAUCCACCUCCAGCUUAUGUCAGUGCCUGUGUCUUCAGUGGGGCUCUCACUCCAGUUACCCGGAUGGCUCUUUCAAGGGCAGUGGAUGACAGGACAGAUCUCCAGAACAGUUAGCAGACGCCCAGAUGACUGUGCCCCCUUCCCUCAGAGGGCACUCAGAACGCAGGAAGUGAUCAAUCAGAGGGCCCUGUACUUCUUCAACCUGACUUCCAUGCAGGACUCGGAAAUGAUCCUCACGGCCACAUUCCAUUUCUACUCAGAGCCACGGUGGCCCCGCGCUCGUGAGGUGCCCUGCAAGCAGCGGGCCAAGAAUGCGUCCUGCCGCCUGCUGCCCCCAGGCCUGCCUGCACGCCACCACCUGCUCUUCCACAGCCUCUCUCAGAACACGGCCACGCAGGGGCUGCUCCGAGGGGCUAUGGCCCUGGCACCCCCGCCACGGGGCCUGUGGCAGGCCAAGGACAUCUCUCCCAUAGUCAAAGCGGCCCGCAGGGAUGGCGAAUUGCUUCUCUCUGCUGAGCUGGAUUCAGGGGAGAAGGACCCCGGGGUGCCCAGGCCCAACCCCCAUGCACCCUACAUUCUCAUCUAUGCCAAUGACCUGGCCAUCUCGGAGCCCAACAGUGUGGCAGUGACACUGCAGAGAUAUGACCCCUUCCCAGCUGGAGACCUGGAGCCUGGCGCAGCCCCCAACAGCUCCACGGAUCCCCGAGUUAGGCGGGCCACACAGGCCACGGGGCCCCUCCAGGACAACGAGCUGCCAGGGCUGGACGAGCAGCCAGCACAGGCCUCCCACGCCCAGCACUACCACAAGCACGAACUGUGGCCCAGCCCCUUCCGGACACUGAAGCCCCGGCCAGGGCGCAAGGACCGCAGGAGAAAGGGCCAGGAUGUGUUCAUGGCCUCGUCGCAGGUGCUGCACUUCGAUGAAAAGACGAUGCAGAAAGCCCGGAGGAAGCAGUGGGAUGAGCCAAGGGUCUGCUCCCGGAGGUAUCUGAAGGUGGACUUCGCGGACAUUGGGUGGAACGAAUGGAUCAUCUCACCCAAAUCCUUUGACGCCUACUACUGCGCGGGAGCCUGCGAGUUCCCCAUGCCCAAGCUCGUCCGCCCCUCGAAUCACGCCACCAUCCAAAGCAUCGUCAGGGCGGUAGGCAUCGUCCCAGGCAUCCCGGAGCCCUGUUGUGUUCCCGACAAGAUGAACCCCCUUGGGGUCCUCUUCCUGGAUGAGAACCGGAAUGUGGUUCUGAAGGUGUACCCCAACAUGUCUGUGGAGACCUGUGCCUGCCGGUAAGACCAGCUGCUCCAGGGUGGAAGGAAACCUCCACCCCGUGCCCCACCGGGCAGCGUCCUUGGAGCCUUGGAGUGAGAGCUUGACUAAGGGUGCAGCUGCAAGGCAGGACAGCUCACAGGCAGCCUCGUGGCGUCCCAGGAGGAUCUGUCCCCCAGGGCAUCGUUCUGGGGUUUUUAUUGCCAGUGACUGAGCCCCUAAAAUGCCAGACUCAAUCCCCUGAAGGAACCUGGGAAUCAGCCCAGCCUGAAGGCUGCCCACCACUCACCCCUCUGCUUUGAAGGCCUGCAAACCGAACAUCCCACACUGUUGGCUGUUGUCAUCGUCUCAUGGCCUUCAAAGAAGACUGCACACCUGGGGACACUCGCUCCUUUCAGUGGAAAUAGCCUCAUUUAAGCAAUCACUUUAAGACCCUUUGGGCCCCAUAUUAAUGCUGGAAAGCAGGCCGUAAGUAAUGGUAAAAAUGGAUGUUUUCCUUCAAACUCCACUGCAAUGGCUUUUAUACGUACAAUAUGCACAUAUAACCAAUUUGGGUUCUUUUUCUUAAUAUAUAUUUUAUUUUAAAACAAGAAAGGGAGUCAUAACUACUCCCCCCAGAGGUAACUGUGCUGGGUAAGUGUGCAUCGUUUGAAUGUGCCUACUGAAAUAACACGCAGUAAUAUCUUGGAAUACUAAAAAAUCAAGAUUUUUAUAUUUUUAUAAAUUAUACUUUCAGUGCUGUAGAUUAUGUAUGUAAUGUGUUUUAUGGAAAGCUAAUAAAUUAAAGGCACAGUGGUAUCUUUAAAA